AUGUGCUGCCGCUGUACGAGCGCGCCCUGCGCAUCGGGGCAGGGGGCGGAGCACCCGGAUUUGGUGACCACGCUGAACCACACGGCGGGCCUGCUGGAGAAGCAGGGCGAGUACGCGAAGCCGCUGCCGCUUUUUGAGCGCGCCCUGCGCGUCAGGGAGGGGGCGCUAGGGCCGGAGCACCCGCAUGUCGCAUCAUCGCUGAACGACAUGUCGGGGUUGCUAGAAAACCAGGGUAAGUCUGCAAAGGCGAUGUCGCUGUACGUGCGCGCCCUCCGAAUCGGGGAGAAGGCGCUGAGGCCCGGGUCACCCGGACCUGGAGGGUAA